AUGGAGUCAAGAGGUGAUACGAUUCUGCAUAAUCCUACAUGCUAUCUUGGAAUUUCAACCUUGGAUGUGGGUUUCACUGAUAUCGUCAAAAAAGCGUUAAUUGCAAAACUUGAAGAACUGGGAAAUUGCUACGGCAAAAAUGUAAACCUCGCGCUGGAUGAGGUUGCAAUUAAACCAGACAAAUCUUACAUGAAAAAUGUCUACAAAUUAAUAGGUCAUGUCGACAUGGCCGGCAUUGUCGUACCUAAAGACAACCAAAAACUUGCAAACAAAUUACUAACUUUUGCCAUAAAUGGACUGGCCAAUCCAUUUUGUAUCGUCGUUGGGUAUUUCCUAGUCAAUAAAAUGUCCGCAGACGAACUGUGCAAGUUGACUUUACACAUUAUUGAACAAGUAAACGAUCCCGAAAGGAAGCUUUUUCUCAGUUUUGAUUCUUCGCAUAUUAUAAAAAAUUUGCGAAAUCAAUUCAGAGAUCGACCUUUACAAAGAAAUGGAAAAGCCCUUAUGUUUGAUUUCGUGAAAAGGUUGCACAACAAACAAAAAAAAUUCAUCCUAAAAAUGCUAGAAGCUCUACGUCGAAGACAAGUUUCUGGCUUCAUGGGCUCGGAAGAAACCAUUGCGUUUAUGUUGAAAAUUAUUAAAUGGUUUGAAAUUCAUGAUAUAAGCGACUUAACGCAAGCUACAUUUAAACGACUUCCAAAUAAAGCCUUCUUUCGUUCUAGUGGUGACGAAAGAAUAAAGUGGUUGGAAAACUAUGUAACAUGGCUAAACGAUUGCAAAAAUUCGGUCACUGACAAAGGAAACUUUCUAACCGCCGAGACGUUUGAAGCCAUAACCAUCACUACAAAAUCAACAAUAGCCAAAAUUUUGUUUUUACUAGAUACUGCCGAAUUUAAAUACGUGUUAACUCGAAAAUUCAACAGCGACAACCUGAUGUACCUGAUGUAAGCUAAUGGCGGAAACUAUAGCAUGGACGCUAAGGCAGCUAUUUACGGGAUGGAAAUACUGCUGUGCACAGGAAUAACCUACAGCGCAAUUAACUGCAACGUUCCACUCUUACGAGAAAAGCAACAAAGAAAAAAAGAAAGUUUCUUACGUUCAACAACCGAGCAUAUUCCGAAAAAGAGAGCUCUCGAUGUUCUUUUGACUCUUGGCAAAGAAUAUCUUGCCGUGUUGGAUGAACUAAAAAAGCCACCAGAUUACAAUACUGACACUGACUGCGCCGCAAAAUUAUCAACGGCAGUGACCUGCGGAUUUCUUCUUUUAGUUCUAGAUGAACGAGAGAUUUGUGUGGAGUGUAAAGAAGGUUUAGGACAUAGCGAAUUUCACGAUCCGCAAUCCACCGCAGUCAACACCUUAAAUUCCUGUCUAGAUCGCGGCGGAUUAAAUUUUCCUUCUAAGGAAUUUGUGGAAAGAAUGUGGACGAUCCAUAGAUUUGUGGAAAUGUUCUUGCACAAGGCACACAACACAAGAAAAAUUCGUGAAGACACUGUAAAUUUUCUUGCACAGCACAUAGCUGCUUGUUCGACCUUCUGCUGCAGCCGUGGAAAGGAAUUGCCACCUGAAAACAAACAUAAUGAACGUCUUGUACUAUUAAUUCUAUUGAAGUUUAUAAAUCCAAUGAUUAAUGGUUACGCAAGCAAACAAACAGAUUUGCAGGCCAAUGCACCAACUGUUGGUAACAACAAGAUUGCCAAUCGUAAAUACAACACACAUUCCAAAUGA